UACCGGCAGCAGGAGUUGGAGAAAGCCCUGUGUGAAUACUCAAACUGCUUACUACUCUUACCUCCCAGUAACAUUGCGAUGAGACGAGAUGUCCAAGAGGGCCAGGCUCGGUGUUUAUCUCGCCUAGGAAGGCACAAGGAGGCUCUCGCUAUUGCAGAAAAAAUGAGAAACAGCGCUACUAACACAGAUCACUUAACGACGGUUCUCAACCUGCAGUUUGCCAUUUACCAGGGUCUGGAAAACAUAGGAAAAAAGAUCACGUGUCUGCAGCAACUGAUCUGCUUACAUCCUUUCAACCCUUGGUACUGGAAGUUACUUGCUGAAGCUUAUAUGAGCCUUUUACAGAGUCUGUCUCCACUAGUCAUUCCAGAAACAAAUCUGAAUCAGUCUGAAGAGGUUAGUGUAAGUGAUAGUAGUUUCAAAACAUCAACUGGAAGAGAGAUUAAUUUGCAGCCUCACAGAUCAGAUGACCAGAAAGAAGGCCCUUGGCCCAGUCUUGCUGCAGAAACAAAGAGGGAGAGUGCAGUGACUUGUGGCAGCAGCCAAACCGUAAAAGAAUUCCUCUGCACUUCGGAAGAACCGGAAAGGAAGGACAAAGGGAAACAUGCAGCCUCUGGGUCCUGGGAGCAGAACAUGCCAAAGAAAGUUGGGAUAAAGGCAUGUGCCUCAUUUAUUAGAGCAAGGCUUUUACUUCAGCUAACCCAGUUGCAACAGUCAUCCUUUGCGCUAGAGAAUAACACAGAAGGUCAAAAAGAAAUUGAUGACAGAGUGACACGACUUGGUUUCAGUGAAAACUCCUUGCAGUUGAUGACCAAGGUUAUGGGGCAGGAUCUUAUACCAGAAAAACUAAAAGAGGAAUUUCAGGGUGAGGUAAAAUGCAUAGGCCCUUCAGCGCUGUCAUCAUUGGUAACUGCAUCAGCCACAGAAUUUGAAAUCAAGUGGUUUGGUAAUCUCCAAGAUGAUUUAUGUCACUUUGACAGACAAUUCUAUUCAGAUAUAUAUAUAUCCCACCUUCAGUAA